AUGAAAGAUGUUAGCGAAUAUAGUGAAAGGAUGAAUCUAGUUAUCUCCGAUUUAAUAACAUACAUAAAGCGGAAGCAGACAGUAGAUAAUUUGGAUGGAGAAUUAGGCAAUCUCCGGGACGCAUUAUACAAGUGGUCCUUUGAAACCAUUAAUAGCGUUUUAUUUAGUAAACGACUGGGGGCAUUCAAUGAUCCUCCUACACCAAUAGCAGAAGAAUUUUAUAGGAACGUCUGUGACAUGCUAGAGACUACUGGUCAUUUGCUGCUAGUACCGCCUUAUUAUAAAUAUAUAAAGACCAAGAAAUGGAACCAAUACUGUGGCUACUGGGAUACAUUAUUUGACAUUGGUGGUAAACUAAUUGAUGAAGAACGUAGACGAUUAUUAUCUACUGGUAUGGAUCUUUCCAAUAAGUCUGAAGACAACCGGCGUACAGAUGGCAUCGAAUUUUUACCUUAUGUUUUAUCCCGAGGAGAAUUAAGUGACGAAGAAAUUGCGGGUAAUAUUAUUGAAUUGAUGACUGGAGGUGUGGAUACAUCAGCUAACACGAUGUUGUGGACACUGUAUAUCUUGGGUAAGAAUCCUGAUAUUCAAGAUAAGUUAUAUCGAGAAGUCAGUAGCGUACUGAAAGAUGGAGAAUUACCCGAUAGCCAAGCCAUACAGAAAAUGCCUUACUUAAGAGGAGUUAUUAAAGAAAGCCAAAGAUUACACCCUGUAUUGAUUGCAACAUCUCGUACUCUAGAGCAAGAUGUUGUAUUAAGUGGAUAUCAUGUUCCUGCUAAGAAAAAUGUUUUAGCAUUGAUGUAUCUCUUGUCAAGAGAUGAAUCUGUCUUUGAUGAAGCAACAAAGAUUAAACCAGAACGAUGGAUCCGGACAUCGUCAUCAUCCCAACGUCAACAUAGUCCAUUUAGCUUUGUUCCAUUUGGCUUUGGACCAAGAAUGUGCAUUGGAAGACGCAUAGCAGAAUUAGAAAUGGAAUUAUUAAUUACUAGAUUGGUUUCGGAAUUUCAAAUUGACUGUCGCAACGAUAAAGAAGUCGGAGUAACUUUUAGAAUAGUAACAUCUCCCGAUCAGGAUAUUCGAAUAGCGUUUCAGAAGCGAAAUUAA